GUGGGAACUGACAAGACGUCGAAGAUUGAGAGAAUGUGGGUGUCACUGGUGUCCCUAUUCAAACCCUUAUGUACUGGAUGGCUUUGCCCCCUUCUCCUUUUCCAGAAACUUUCUUAUUCUCUUUGUAAAAUCUCAAGGGCCAGACAGACAUACGACCUAUUCUUAUAAUCCUCAAUGAUUCGGUUCUUGGACAGGAACCUCCGUUCUGUUAUCCUGAGCAUGCGCAAUGAUGGACCCGGAGCACCGGCAACACUUGGAGAAUAAGUAUUGGGAGAAUACGCUGAUCAUCGUAGCUGCUGUGGGAGCUGCAGUGGCUACUCUGUCCUAUGCCCUAAGGCUCUUUGCACGAUAUAUUUCGUCUAGUCGUCUCAGACUCGACGAUGCGUUGAUGGGCAUUGGGUUGGUUCUCUCCUACUGCGCCACGGCUUUUGUUAUCUACACUGCCGUUAAUGGCGUUGGGAUCUCGGGCAAAAAUCUGCCAGCGCUGGAGCUUCAACGCCUUCAGUUUGGCUCGUGGAUGAUCCAGAAAUUCUGGGCGCCUUCCAUGGCGUUCGUGAAGACCUCCAUCAUCGUUUUCCUGCAGCGUAUCCUCGGCACCCUUCCGACCUUUCGUGUGAUAUCAAAUUGGCUGAUCGUCUUCAUCACCUUAUGGGCCGUCGCGGCGCUGCUCGUGAACAUCUUCCAGUGCAACCCCGUUCAAUUUUAUUACGAUAAAUCACUGCAUGGCCACUGUAUGAAGGGGCAGACGGUCUUCUUCAUCACGAUGGGCUCGAUUGCAUUGGUGGAAGAUGUCGUAAUCCUCGCGCUGCCGGUCCCGGUCAUUUGGGGACUGCAAAUUGCUGUGCGCCAGAAAAUCGCCGUGACGCUUGUCUUUUCGCUUGGUGGACUGGUGUGCAUCUUCAGUCUGAUGCGUCUGAUUGAAUUCCGAAAUUUCAUCCUCACAGAUCUCGCAUCAUCUAGUGCCAAAGAAUCCAUCUGGACCAUCCUCGAGCUAGAUGUGGCCAUUAUCUGCGGUUGUCUCCCGAUCAUGAAACCCCUUAUUCAGGGCUUACUGGGGAAGGUCAAAAGCAGUGCUUCCAGAGGUCGCUCCCACCCUUCCUCCGCCACCAAGCUCUACUUCCAAUCAACCACCCCUCAAAGUGAUGGAUUCCUGAAAAUGGCGGACGGAAUUGAGGGGAGCAAAACGACUGAGGUGCGUGCGGGUUCUAGUCAGGGUUCAGAGAUCGAAUUGCAGGGCAUUGCGGUGCAUACCGUUAUUGAACAGGAUGUCGAGCAACAACCGCAGAUCACGACCACGCAGGGUUGGCCGUGAUGAUAUUCUGUUUUAUUUCUUCCCCAGGAUAUCCUAGAAUCUCGGUUCACUAUACAGAUAAUAAAGAAAUGAAAUGAGAGUGUGUAGUGAAU